AUGCCGAGAACGAUCAAUUUCGUGUCAACAAGCGCCAGCGACAAUGCACCCGUCCAAGAAAUCCCGUACAAGUGGCGCGGCCAACAUCAGAAGCGACUUCUUCGACCGCACCUAAAAUUUAUGCUUCCAGAUGGCAGCUUUUACAUGGAGCCCCGCGACGGAGAAUUGACCGGUUAUGUCGAUGUGCAAAUGGUGCCGCUUGGUGUGCCAUACAUGUGGAAAUCUCGACGCCCGAUCAUCUUCACACUCCCGGUUGAUGCAGUAAACACGAUGGCACUGGCAGUGAACGGUUGCCCGUUACCAAAAUAUAUCACACUUUGCUGGCCCGGUCACGUUUCUCCAGAACAGCUUCCUCCAGCACAGGAUCCUCUAGCACAGGAUCCUCCAGCACAGGAUCCUCCAGCACAGGCUCCUUCAGCACAGGCUCCUCCAGCACAGGUUCCUCCAGCAAAGGUUCCUCCAGCACAGGUUCCUCCAGCACAGGUUCCUCCAGCACAGGUUCCUGCAUGCCAGCCUCCCCAAGUUCAGCCUCUCCAAGUCCAGGCUCCUCCAGCACAGGUUCCUGCAUUCCAGCCUCCCCAAGUUCAGCCUCUCCUAGCACAGGCUCCUCCAGCACAGGACUUCAUGGCGCCGGCACCUCUGUGGCAGAACCAACCACCUUUUGUGCCAGACGGCUGGAAUCCACAACCAAAUUAUUUCGAGGCCCAAAUUUGGGACGAUUUUGCACCGUUGGAAUUAUUCAUGAAUGCCCCUGAGAAUCCGGUCAGCCCAGUGAGCCUCAACGGGGUCAACGAGGCCGGCAGAACGCAACAUGACCAGGCUGGCAAUCAGCAAGAUAUCGGGGCUGCAUUUCCUCUAGCAGAUCAACGUCCAGCUCACGCAGCAAUCAACAUUCCUGGACCAGCGCAACAGCAAAAUCCCCCUGCCGUUGAGCAGAUUCAAGGUCCCUUUAUGGGCGAUAUCGGAGCUGCAUCUUCUCCAGCAGAUCGACGUCCAGCUCAGGCAGCAAUCAAAACCCCUGUGUCAGAGCAACAGCAAGAAAAUCCUGCCAUUGAGGAAAUUCAAGGUCCCUUUAUGGGCGGUAUCGGAGGGGAGGUUUCUCCCCCCGGGGCACGGGACUAG